AUGUCUUUGUCUCUAGAUGAGACUAGAACUACCAAGUCAGAAGAUGCUGGCAGUACUGCCCAACCCCAACACCAGAACCUUACCGAGGGAAACCCAACGGCGAUGUACGGCUUCAAACUCUGGGCCAUUUUUAUCGGUAUAUGUUUCGGUGCUUUUCUGAUGUCCUUGGAUAUCUUCGUUAUCGCAACAGCCAUUCCAUCCAUCACGUCCGACUUCAAGGAUACGUCGCAGCUGGCCUGGUAUCCGGCCGCCUACUCACUCACAACAUGCGCAUUGACUCCGCUGGCAGGAAAGCUGAGCGCAACCUUUCCCCUACGCUGGAUCUAUAUCACGUUCUUUUCUAUCUUUAUGGUUGGAAGCCUCAUCUGUGGCUUUGCUCCGAAUAGUAACAGCUUUAUUGUAGGUCGUGCAGUCGCAGGUAUCGGGGCGUCCGGUGUCGCGAGUGGCGGGUUUAUUAUUGUUCUCACGGUUACUUCGGAUAAAGCGAAACCGCUCCUUAUGGGUGGUGCUUUCACGCAAAAAGCAACAUGGCGGUGGUGCUUCUGGGUUAAUCUUCCUCCGGGUGCUAUGACAUUGGUCGCCAUGCUCUUAUUCUUCAAACUCCCAUCUAUUCAGCGCGAUCAAACAGCUCUCCAGCGGAUAAAGAAUCUAGAUCUCAUUGGAUGUGUGAUCUUUAUUCCCGCUAUUUUCAUGCUACUUCUCGCUAUGAUGUGGGGCGGCACGGAAAAGCCUUGGGGCUCGGUAACAAUCAUCGGUCUCUUUAUAGGGUCUGGUGUGAUGCUCAUACUAUUUGUUGGCUGGGAGCACUAUAAGGGUGAUGGCGCUAUGAUACCGGGGAAUCUAAUUGUGAGACGAACUAUCACCUUUAGUGUCUUAUUUUCCUUCUGUCAUUUCGGGUCUCUUGGCAUCCUUAACUACUAUCUUCCAGAGUGGUUCCAGGCCGUGGAAGGCGCAAGUCCACUGGAAAGCGGUACGCGGGUUUUGGCUUCAGUUCUCGCUCAGAUCGUGGGAACAAUAUCUUCUGGUAUUCUGGCGCGAAAAGUCAACUUCUACAACCCUUGGCUCUUCGCUGGACCUCUCUUUAUGUGCACUGCCGCAGCGUUAUACACCCAGUUCACGGCUUUCGAUACACCAUCCAGCCAUUGGAUUGGGUUCCAAGUCAUUCAGGGUCUCGGGGUUGGCAUGGCCCAGCAAAUGCCCUCUCUCAUAGUCCAACUAGCAGUCCAUGAUAAACCAGAGCUCAUGCCCGCUGCCGUCUCUCUCAACCUAUUCUUCCAGUAUCUAGGUGCCACAGUCACACAGGUUAUCGGAGGCAUCGUGUUUCGUUCAAUUCUGGGUAAAUCCCUAGACGACCAUGGUCUAAAUGCUACACAGAUAGCGUUGUUAUCUGCCGCUGGGACUGCCGGUAUCCGUGAUAUCACCAAUGCGAACUUCCCCACACUAUUGCAUCCAGUUUUGGAAUCUUACAACAAAGCUAUUACUUCCGCAUUUUUUGUUGCAGUUGGUACGACGGCCGCAGCAUUCUGUUUUGCUUUCGGGGUCAAGUGGACGAGAAUUCAUGCGGCAAAGAGUACUGAUCCGGAAGCGGAUGAGGUUGAACAGAAGUAG